AUGACUCUCGACAAGGCGUUGACGGAAAUCGUACAAAAUGUGGAUGAUAUGAUGGAAGAAUUGAAUAAGUUUGGACGAAAAAUUCAACGUCAAUUAAGUGACGCAAUCCUCCAGUGCCGCAUAGAGAAGCUUCGCAACGAUGAACAUGAAAAAAUCGUAAAGUUAUCGUCUUCUGAAAAGAAUGCCAAUGAGACUAAAAUGAACACUUCAAAGGAUAUUGAUCAACAGAUCGGAGCCUUAUACGGGUGUAUUGAGUUGCGAGACGCUAUAAAAGAAGCGAAACUGCUAAUGGAUACGUUUGAAGGCGUUCUGAAACGCAUCGGCAAGUAUGUUCGCAAUACUUUCGUUCACUCCCAAAUAGAAAACUUAUUCCAAAGCCUACGCUCCUUUCAUAUACUCUUCAAUCGUAUGAUUGAUAAGAUGGAAACGAUGGAAUGCGAGACGUUUUUUGAAGAGUUAUCUGAUAUUAGGCCAUCAAAAUAA